UAAUUUAAAAAAAUGAAGCAAGUCGACCGUCCUCCAAAUAACCCCAAGCGUAUAACAAUCCAGUCAAGCCAGGAGUGCUUCAGUGUUGACAUUCCCUCUGCAGAACAGCCUAGUCCAUGUCCAGAAGUUGAAAAUCCUCCAAAUGCUGACAGUAAAAAUGUGACCAAUGAAACAGUUCAGAUUGAUUCUGAUGAAGAUGACUUCAUGCCAGCUCUGAAGAAGCGUAAUGUUUCUGAAAGCCACACAAGAGUGUUAAGAAAAGUCGUGACAAAGAGGAUUAAACAUGAGGAGCUACCCCGACAGAGGCUUAAUGUGAGGUGCAACCCUCAAGAUGUCAUUGCAAGCAUUAACAUUUUGAAUGAAAGACAACGUGAGGCUAUAAGACGUAAUGGCUUCUCUUCUAUUCUUGAUAUGACAGUAGAUGCGCUGUGCAGUAGAUCACACCUCCAAUGGUUGAUGGACAAGCUAGACCCCAAGGAUAUGACAAUACGUCCUGGUCCAGGAAAGGAACUCAAGAUCACAAAGGAUAUUGUUCAUCUUAUUCUUGGCGUGCCAAAUCAUGGAGGUGGUAAACCUUUGGGUAUUGAUGAAGCAGUUGCAGCAAGCAACUUGAGGGCAGAGCUUGGUGUGGCCAAAGAUGAGUUCAAUGUGGCAUUUCUACAGGAUCGUUUAAGGAAAGGCGAGGAUGAUGACCUUUCAAUCAGAUGUUUCUUCCUCAUUCUAUUCAACCGUUUGUUGUUUCCAACUGCUAGCUGGGGCAUCACAUAUCAUGAGGUGCUUCUCACAGAAGAAAUGCACCGUUUCCAUGAGAUCGACUGGUGUCAGUUGAUUUUUAAUGAUCUAUGUGAAGCUGCCAAGAAGUGGCACAACCGGAUAACCACAAAUGUCUCCACGACUAUAUAUGGAUGCUCCAUCGUUGUCCUUUUGGUUAUGCACAGUUACACAGUUGGUUACUCACAGUCACUACAAUUUUAUUUCUAG